AUGCCGGAGCAUGAUCAAUUCUCUUGGAACGCAAUGCUCGAUGUUUAUUCUUGUAAUGGGAAUGUUGAAGAGGCCAGGGAGUUUUUCACUGCGAUGCCUUCUCGAGACGUGGUGUCUUACACGACGCUGCUUUCGCUAAAUGCCGAGGCUGGGGAUAUAGAAUCUGUGGAAAAGACUUUUGUCUUCAUGCCAGAGUAUAAUUCUGCUUCCAUGAACGCUAUGACUCGUGUGUAUGCGCGAAGCGGUCAUGUAGAUGAAGCCAGGAAAGUUUUUGAUGAGAACCAAUCAAUAAACUUGAUCUCGUGGAACACGCUUCUCACGGCAUAUGCCCAAAACGGGUAUACUUCUGAAGCAGAGAGCAUCUUCAAAGAGAUGCCGAAGAGAAAUGUGGUGUCUUGGAACGCAAUGCUUGCGGGAUAUGCCCACUUUGGGUAUGUCAAAGAAGCAAAGCUCUUAUUCGAUGAUUUUCCAAAGCGGGACUUGGUAACCUGGAACAUUAUGCUUUCUGCUUUUGCGCAAAGCGGGUAUUUGGAGGAAUCGAAAAACGUAUUUGAUGAGAUGCCACAGCAAGACGUGGUGUCCUUGACGACACUGCUGGGACUCUAUGCAGGACGCAUGCACGACGUUAAGACAUUGUUUGAAAAGGUGGUGGAGUGGGAUCUUGUUUCAUGGACGUGCAUGUUGAUCAUUCUAGCCGAGAACGGCGAGCUAGACGAGGCAAAGAAACUGUUUGAUAGGUUGCGCGAACGGGAUUUAGUGUGUUGGAACGCCAUCCUUCGUGCCUACUCUCGCCAUGGCCAGGUGUUAGAGGUGGAAAAGAACGUCCAGCAAAUGCCACAAAGGGAUCUCACGUCUUCGAAUGCGGUUCUAGCUGCGUACUCUCAAACUGGAGAUUUUGAACAAACCGAGAGGAUGUUUGGAGAGAUGCCUCAGUGGGAUGUUCUAAGCUGGAACUCACGCAUGGAUGCUUUCGUCCAAGGUGGUCAUUUAAAGAAGUCGGAAGAAAUCUUUGAUCUGAUGCCAGAGAAAGAUCAGUUUUCGUGGAAUCUCAUCUGGAUUAAGCUCCAUGAUUUGGAGAAAGCGAAACACGUAUUUGAUUCAAUGCCUUUUAGAAAUGGAACGAUGAUGCUAUCUGCAUAUGCCCAAGAUGGGCAUCUUGAUCAAUCACUCGUGAUGCUCAGUGUCAUGCCUCAAAGGAAUGCCUUCACGUGGAAUGUGAUGCUGGGAGCAUAUACUCAGAAUGGGAAUAUGCUCGCAGGAGAAGCACUGUUUGAGACACUGCCGGAGGAGAACUUAGUGUCAUGGGGUGUUCUCGCUGGUUACACCAACAGUGGCAACCAUGCAAGAUGA